UUUGCAAUGGUUAUGUUAGUACUUGCACCGUUUGAAAUGGUUCCAGAAAAAAAUCAGUAGAAAUUCAUUGAUUUUUCAGUUUCGAAUGGCAUAGAAUAAAGAAGAAUGUGUGAUUACAACCACAUGAGAUCACCGGGUUUAAACCCGUCAGGAAUCAUCGACCAUGUGUCAUCAUUAUCUAACAAUCUAGGAGAGUUAAUUGAGAACUCCGAAUAUAGUGAUAUUACCUUGGUCGUUGAGGAGCGGAGAUUUCAGGCUCAUAAAGUUAUUCUAGCUGCUAGAUCAGAAUAUUUCAGGGCAAUGUUAUUUGGUGGACUGAGGGAGUCACAGCCGGGAACCAGUGAAGUUAAAUUACAGGACACGUCAGCUAAAGCUUUUGAAGCUGUUCUUAAAUAUAUGUAUACAGGAAAAAUGAAUUUGAUGGAAGUUAAGGAGGAACAUCUACUAGAUAUACUUGGUAUGGCUCAUAGGUAUGGUUUCACAGAGCUAGAAUCUGCUAUAUCCGACUACUUGAAGGCUAUAUUAAACAUCAGAAAUGUUUGUUUGAUAUAUGAUCUAGCCAACAUUUAUAAUCUACACAGUUUAUGUGAAACUUGUAAGGACUUCAUGGAUAGAAACGCAUCACCGAUUCUCCAGAGUGAAGCUUUCCUUACACUGUCCAAGCACUCUGUGAAGGAGUUGAUCUCGAGGGAUUCGUUUUGUGCCCCGGAGAUCGAGAUAUUUACCUCUAUACAGAGAUGGGCUGUAGAGAAUGAAGGUGAAGAUCCUACAUCUAUAUUAGAGUCUGUGAGACUUGCUCUAAUGUCCAUGCAUGAGUUACUGAAUGCUGUUAGAGAUACCUCAUUUGUGUCACCAGAUGCCAUUCUUGAUGCCAUCAAGAUUCAGACAGAGUGUAGAAAUAUGGAGCUGAAAUAUAGAGGCUUUAAAUUACCGGAGGAGAAUGUAGCGACAACAAGGCAUGGAGCUCAGGUGAUACGAGGUGAGAUGAAAGCCGCACUGCUGGACGGCGACACAUCAACAUAUGACCUUGACCGUGGCUUUACACGACAUUUGAUUGAUGACAACAACGGUCAGGGAAUAGUGAUCAAACUAGCACAGCCUUAUAUACUCAAUACUAUUAAACUGUUAUUGUGGGACCGAGAUCACAGGUCCUAUUCGUAUUAUAUAGAAGUAUCAAUGGAUGACAAAGAUUAUGAGAAAGUUAUAGAUUAUACAAGAUACUGGUGUAGAUCUGAACAAACAUUACACUUUCCAGCUAAAGUUGUCAGGUAUAUAAGAGUUGUUGGUACACAUAAUACACAAAACAGGGUGUUCCAUUUGGUAUCUUUUGAAUGUUUACAUACAACAAAACCUUUCCGUCUUGAGAGAGGCCUAAUAGUGCCUGAUGAAAAUGUAGCAACCAUAUCAAGGAAUGCGUGUGUCAUAGAGGGUGUUAGUCGCAGUAGAAAUGCUCUGUUGAACGGUGAUACACAUCAGUAUGACUGGGACUCGGGUUAUACCUGUCACCAGCUGGGUAGUGGAAAUAUCAUUAUACAGUUACCACAACCUUUUAUGCUAGAUUCUAUGAGGAUGUUACUAUGGGACUGUGAUGACCGUUCGUAUUGUUAUUAUAUAGAGGCGUCUGUAGACAACACAAACUGGACUAUGAUAUGUGAUAAAAGAAAUACACCAUCCAAAUCGUGGCAGGAAAUUACAUUUCCAAAACAACCAAUAGCUUUUAUAAAGAUAGUCGGUACUCAUAACACAGCCAACGAGGUAUUUCAUUGUGUACAUUUCGAGACACCAUCAAAGUCUGCUAGAAUAUCUGUAACACGAUCAUCACCACCAGGUAGUCCAUGUACGGUAUCCAAGGUGAACCAGACAGAACCAAGUCUCUCACCUAGACCUUCAGUAUGUAGAAAUCCUGGUAGUCCUCAACUAGCUGGCUUCCUGCCUCAACCUGGCAACCAUUUAGUUGGUGCAAGUAUGGCGGUGAAUGUGAGUGGUGAUUUAGGUCAGGAAAGUUUAGAUAUACCUGAGUCAGAGAGACAAGAGUCUGACAGUAGUUCUAGUGGUGGUUCUGAAACAGAGAGAAGAUAGUAGUUCUAGUGGGAGAUCUGAAACUAAGAGAUGUUGUGUUGUAUAUUAUAUUCAUAUUACUUCUGUUUUCUAGCUUGCUAACGUAUAACAGUAUUUAUACCCCCCGAAACGAAGUUUGGGGGGGUAUAUAGGAGUCACCCAGUGGUCAGUCGGUCGAAUGGUCGGUCGGUCCAGCGGUCUGUUGCAUUUUCCUUGUCCGGAGCAUAACUUGAAGACUAAUGGUUGGAAUUCAAUAUAACUUCAUACAAUGGUCAAGCAUAUUGAGAGGAAGUGCAGUGCACAAGAACCAUAACUCCAUCUUGACUAAUUACAGAGUUAUGCCCUUUGUUACUUUUCCUUGUCCGGAGCAUAACUUGAAGACUAAUAGUUGGAAUUCAAUAUAACUUCAUUCAAUGGUCAAGCACAUUGAGAGGAAGUGCAGUGCACAAGAACCAUAACUCCAUCUUGACUAAUUACAGAGUUAUGCCCUUUGUUACUUUUCCUUGUCCGGAGCAUAACUUGAAAACUACUGCCUGGAAUUCAAAACUAUUUCAUACAAUUGUCAAGCAUAAUAAGGGAAAGUGCAGUACACAAGAACCAUAACUCCAUCUUGACUAAUUACAGAGUUAUUGCACUUUGUUACUUUUCCAUUGCUUUCUUUUGUCCGGACCAUAACUUGAAGACUAAUAGUUGGAAUUCAAGAACAAGAACAAUACUCUAUUUGGACUAAUUUCAGUUAUUGCCCUUUGUUACAUUUUUUGUCCAGUGCAUAACUUGAAAACUAAUAGUUGGAAUUCAAUAAAACUUCGUAAAAUGGUCAAGCACAAUGAGAGGAAGUGCAGUGUACAAUUACCAUAACUCCAUCUUCAGUAUUUAUAGAGUUAUUGCCCUUUGUUCCUUUUCCUUGUCUUUCUGGACUUAUUACAGAGUAAUUCAAUAAAUCUUCAUCGGAAAUGCAACAUACAAGAACCAAAGCUAUAUUUAAUUGCCCACAACCAUAACUUUUACAAGGUAUUCUGUUACUAGUAACAUCCUCAUUUCCAAAGCAGUCUUGCGGUGGUAUUAAUCACAUUUAGUGAUAGUUCUAGUUUAUAGUUGUUAGGGGUAUAUAACUAGGAUGGUUUAUAUAAUUGUAAUGGUAUAAAAUAUAAUGCAAACAAAAGUUCAUUAAUACAUUGAAAAUUCAAUGUAUAUGUAACAGUAUCCUCUAUUUAAACAUAUAUAGAACUGACUCGGUGCUUUUGAAAUACAAAGCCAAUAAUGUAAUUCAGCAAUGUAUUGCAGAAUAUCUAACUGUAGAAAACAAUGUAACAUGUAAAUGUACAGACAAAACUUAUCAGCUUAAAUUUCUGCAGAUUUUACAUCAAUAAACUUCCUGCAGAAAUAAAGUUCCUUUCAUAUAUUGUGUAUCCAAAGCAAAAUUCAAAACUUUUGAAAAUGUUUUCUAGACUACAUACACAAUAUAACAUGCCAAUGAAUUUUGAUAUCAAUUUGUCCCAGUUUUUGACCCAGUGACUUAGAUUAUUGUAUUUAGUAGUACUACUAUGAAAUUUUGACUAUGUCACUGUGUUAUAUGCUGAAUUGAUCUUUGAUAACAGUUGACCUGUAUUUUAUCUAGUGAACUACUUUCUUGUGCUAGAGCCUUUAAUUUGUACUUGAUACACAAUAUGACCCAGUGAUCUCUUUAUUGUUAGAGAUUCACUUAUGAAAUUUGGACUAUUUGCACAAUAUUAGAAGCAGACUGCAGAUUUGAACUUUAUAUCAGUUGUACUUGAUUUAUACCUUAUGCUUGUUGUUUAUUUAUAGUAAUCAAUAUUAUUUGUCCCAUGUCAUUUAGAGCCUUUAUAGUGAGGCCAUCAAAGCCUUCUUGUUGGAAGUAUAUGUUAGCACAUAUAUAGUUAUAUGUAUAUAAGAACAUGUCGUAACAGUGGAUUAAAUAUGUGUGUUGUAUAUAUUAUGUAUAUAUUUCAUUGUUGUAGUUAUGAUUAUGCAUCAGAAAACCUGUAACAAUGGUCAGUAAAUGUACAUAAUUUCUGUGUUGGAAAUUUAUACUUACAUUUAUCACAGGAUGUCUCUUGUUUUUCAUGUAAUAUAACCACUAUAUAUUUCUUUAUUUUACACAUGUGUAUAUCAUUUUGAGGUCAUUUUUGUCUAUACAUUUCAUAACAAAACAUGAUAUGAAAGCUCUUGUAAAACAUUAAAACAUCAAACUAGUUCAUUUUCAAUAAUUUCAAUGCGUUUAGUAAUAUGAUAAAAAAAUCUCAGUUUCUUUGUUGUAUAAUUUAACUUUUAUUAAACAGUCCAAAAGACUUGCUCUAUUAUAAUUUCUUGAUGUUGUUUAAAAAAUCUUAUAUUAUAUGGCAACUCAUACUGAUAAAUUUUUUCCACUUCUCCUCAGAUAUGAUAAUGACAU